CUUCAAAUACAAUUUUUGUGUACGGCAUGGUAAUAAAUACAGGCCAUGAUGAGGAUUGCUGACAGUCUCCUCAAAUGCUAUCCGAACGACAUACAUCCGUUGCCAUCUUUUCAGCUAGCCAGCGGAAUGUCUCAAGCAUCUCAAGUUUCCCGCUAUGAAAUUGUUUGCGAUUCAGCUGGAGCUCUUCUAAUAGAUGUUUGUGAUAGGCCUGAAGCAUCAAAUGCACUGACUAUGUGGUUGCAAUGGACAAAAGAUAUCGAUCAACAAGUGCAUGAAAAUGAUGAUGAUAUCAACGCUCAUAAGAACAAAUUAAUUGACCAUUGUAGAACCAUUCCAAUGUGGGCUUCAAGUGCUGCGGUAGAAUGUGAAUUUAAUGACUUGAAGUCUUGCUUUCAAAGGAAAAUUACCAUUGAGAGUAGACGAUUUUGUUGUGAACGUUUAAAAUAUAAAGCAAAUAGAAACAAAAUCGUACUUUCGGGAGCAACAACUGCACUUAAAAUAAAAGAAGGUUGUUGAAGAUGCAUUCUUGCAUUCUUUGUAAAGAUAAUUCACAAGAAGGAGCUCGCUGAUGCAAAGUCUGUGGGAAGGUCUUCAUAUUUUACCUGUGUUCCAUUGAUAUAGAAGAUGAAAAAUGAGGUUAUGAACAAAAAAUAGUAUCAAAUGUUUAAGAAGAAGAGAGAUAACUCA